AUGCUGCGGUGCGCCUUAGCCCUCGUGCCGAGGCCCAGCGUGGCAUUGCAGGGCUGGAUCCCGGCGGUGCGAUGCUUUGCGGUGGGAGGCAACCAUAUGGCCCUCAUAAGGGAGCUCCGAGAGGCGUCCGGUGCCCCCAUCUCGGACGUGAAGGCUGCCCUGCAGCAGGCCGACUGGGACAUGGACCUGGCUGCUCAGGAGCUGAGGAGGAAGGGCGUCGCCUCUGCUGGGAAGAAAGCAACGCGCACGGCAGCAGAGGGCCUGGUGGGCGUUGCGUCCAGCGAGCUCGGCGCAGCGGUAGUAGAGGUCAACAGUGAGACCGACUUCGUCCCCCGCAACGACAAUUUCCGGGCCCUGGUUCGAGCCGCCGCCGCAGCCGCCCUGGAGGUCGCACCUGCAGGGCCCGCCCCCUCCCCGAGCCACGGUCUGCCCCUGGAUCGGCUGCUGUCUGCCAAGACGCCAGGCGGCGAGAGCCUCGAGAACGCGGUGGCCAACGUGGCCGGCAUGGUGCGCGAGAAUGUGCGCCUGCGCCGCGCUUUCUUCCUGCCCCGGCCCACUGGCGGCGUGGUGGCCUCCUACCUGCAUCAGGGCGCGGGGGAGGGGCUGGGCAGGAUCGCGGCCCUCGUUGUCCUGGCCCCCCGCGACCCCGGAACCGAGUUGGCCGGGCCGGCCGCCGAGGCCGCCGCCGACCUGGCGCGCAAGCUGGGCAUGCAGGUGGUGGCCAGCGCGCCGCGCUUUCUCGACCGCGAAGGCGUGGACCCCGUGGCCGUGGAGGAGGAGCGGCAGGUCCUGCGAAGCCAGGCCCUGGGCUCAGGCACGCUGGGAGCGGAGCGCUUUUCCAGGGGGUGGGGCAAGCCGGCGUCCAUCGUAGACAAGAUGGUGAUGGGGCGCUUGCAAAAGUUCUACCAGGAGGUGUGCCUCCUGGAGCAGCCAUUCGUCAUGGACGACUCCAAGAGGGUGCAAGACGUGGUGAGGGAGCUGGGCGAAGCGCUGGGAGUGCCCCUGCACCUUCCGGCCUUCCUGCGGGUGAAGGUGGGGGAGGGCGUGGACAGGGACGACAAGGACUUUGCUGCUGAGGUCGCAGCCACGCUGGCUGAGGCUGGCAAGGCCUGA